CCUUAGCGCUCCACCGCGGGAUUGGUACUUUGAAAUAAUUUCUGUAUGUGCAUAUGAGUGUCAUGUAGACAUACAAACGUUGAUGGACAUGGUAAAUAGUGACGCAAACUAUUUAAGGCAUGAUCCUGUCCUGUAAAACGUCUUUACUAUCUCGCAGUAAAACCUGAAAGCAGAAAGCGUCCAUGGCAACGGCGCGCGCUUUCAAUGUUGCGAUUGAAGUGAUAUAUGUAUGUGCAUUCACUGCUCACAAGAAGCUGGCAAGCUAGGACACAUCACUAAUUUUCAAAUUUUGGACAGCUUGGCUCGCGCUAUAUUACUGUCACGGCACAGAUAGCAAAUAAUUCUGAAAAUUCACAAAAUCGCAUGAGCUUGAGUGAGCUCGACGAUCCAAAACUGGCAUCUGCGCUGGUAAGUUGGUCGUGCUGAUCAUGUGCGAUGAUGACAACUUAUGGGCUCAAGCGAAGUUUGUCAUGUUUCCUGACGACGAGACAUUUGAGUCGUUAUUUGACGUCUACACGUCGAGGUGUCAAAAAGAUCUGGGACCGAUUGAUCCCGACUGGUUCACAAGAGAAGCAGACUCCGCAUCACCUCACCAUAGCGGUGCCACAAGAUCUGUAUUGCCCACUGCAGCAGAGUCCCCUUGUUUGAUGGUACGAGAGCCGACUUCGCAGGAGUCAAACAGAAGUGCCCCGAACCAUGAGAAAGACGGUGCUGAUACAAGCGAAUCCUUCUGCAUUUCGACUCUAUGGUCACCUCUCUCUUGCACACGUAGGAACGAAUGUGAUGAAAAUACGUUUAGGACGCCCAUUCUGCCGUGUAAAGAUUUUCUUCGGCAAAGUUUGGGAGCUCAGGAGUCCGGAUCAAGUGUCAAGUGGUCACCGUCUUUGGAAACACCACCUUGCAUACCCAGUGCGACAGGCAAGAAAGUGGGAUCGAGACAGAUUGCCCCAAAAACAUUAUUCCAAGGUUCUGAAAAGGGAAGCUCGCCAGACUCGUCUACUUUAGAAGAGGAGUUUUCAGAGUUCCCUUUAGAUACUGAAUUGGAGGAAAGACCAAUCUGUAGUCAGGAUUACAUUAUUGAACAAGCGGACCACAUUGAACAAGGGCCUGAGCACCAAAAUGAGGAAGUGGGAUCUAAUGGUGCUACUGCUUUGGAUGUGGAAGCCAGCCGCAUAACAAAUGAAGGCACAUCUGUAAGCGCACAAGAUGUCAAAGAUGAAUCACAACGGAACGUAAACGAGAGUGCGCACAUUCCAAACAAGACUGCCCUUUGCACCGGAAAGCCAGAAAGAACUCCUUGGCCUGCCUUCCUCACUCAAGAUUCCCCAUAUCAAUGUCAAGACACAGCCUCCAGGUCAGGAGCCGCCAGUUGUGCCACACCAUCUUCAAAGCCUAACAUGACUCUUCAGAGAAGAAACCUGCAGCAUAAAUUUUGUGACAUGCCACCCAAAAAUAGUGCUGAAGAAACUGGAGAAAACAGGGUAGUUGAAAACAUAAUUGAAGAUGAGGAAGACAAGAUGGACACAAGCUUCGUAAAGUCACAGAUUGGAUAUUCGCUGACACAAAUCCUCGAAGCAGCUGAAAGCACUGCAGCAUGCAUGGAGGCACCGGAUAUUCUGUUUACGCAAACCGAAAGCUUUCAGAACUUUUCUUCCGAAGAUUAUUUAAUGCAUGUUGCAUUGGAGCAAACACCAAAAGAACUUUCUGAUGGUGCUUCACUUAAACAGGGCAUAAGAAGUAUUGCUCCCUCAAGUCCGGGAGUUUCAAAGCCAUUGUCUGAAGAACGGGCUCAUGCAACUAGAAUAUGCACGUCGAAUGUUACUAAUUUUGCUUUGUGUGCUGGGAAAUGUAAUGCAAUAUCUCCAGUCCGCAGGAGGACCUUGAAGAGGCCUCUGUCACCAGCACUGGAAGAAAACCAAAGACAUUCAAUGCCUGAGCAGCACGUCACUACAGGAUUCACUACGUGUGCAGGCAAACCGGUAUAUGUGACAUCUAAAUGUUUGACUGCGGCCGAAAGCUUGAUGGCUGGCAUCGGGGAUGACUUGGGUGAACAUGCGGUCAGAGAUGUGGGCCUUGUACCUGUUAGCAGAUCAGUUGAUGAACAGCGCAUUGGUAACGCAUCACCGGUACCAAGUGGACGGUAUGUGUGUACGGGAUUCUCAACAGGACGUGGGAGGAGCAUCAAAGUGUCUGCGGCUGCUAUGAGCUCAGCAAAAGAGCUACUGAGCGAAAGCAUUGAGGCCCGCGAUGUCAACGAUGCCAGUUGUAAAAUUAAGACGGGUAGAAAGAAUUUUAAAUUUGAAAAUAUGCACGGUAGCAAGCCACUCAGUGAGGAGGUAACAAACGGUGCUGAAUUUGAAAGUAAGACCAGCUUACCCGUAUCCGCAAAGGACCGUACUUCCAGGACCUGUAACGAAUGUGGGACCGCUACACCACAUUCUGUGAGUGUUGAAAGUGCUAUAGUGAAGAAAGAUGAAGCCCUGCUUGACAGCAAGUGGUUUACUGCUGGAUUUACAACAGCAAGCGGUAAAUCGGUUAGAAUUUCCGAGGCAUCCCUGAAGGCUGCAAGAAGUUCCCUCUGUGAUGCCGCUGUUGACGAUAAUCCUGAAUGUAAACCCGCGGGCAUAAAAACUUCUUUUAUGACGAGCACUGGUCAGGUAGUGUCCGUAUCAGCCGACUCCUUGGGCAUUGCCAGUUCACUCUUGCAAGAUAGCAACAGCUUUCAAGUCACUGAAAAGCAGAACCAUGACCACUUGCUCUCUGAUAAGGUAACAACUGGUUUCACCACUGGGAGUGGAAAGAAGGUUGAAAUCUCUAGAGGUUCUUUAAAAGCUGCUGCAGAAGUAUUGAGUGAUACCGUUCGAAACACGUGCACUGAUGUGGACGGAAGCAGCACUGCGGGAAGGACUCUCAGGAGCACAGGAGCAAGAAGAAACGACGCUAUAAUGACAGGCUUUAGCACAGGAAGCGGUAAAGCUGUAACUGUUUCUCGACAGGCAAUGAGUGACGCUCGAGCACGUUUGAAUGAUGCGGCUGACGGCAAGGUUGGCUGCCCACCUGAAUCAGUGGGCCUGGCAGAUCGUAUGCCUUCAAAUGGCCAAGAAGGCCAAGCCACAGCAGCAGUAGAUGAACAUGAGACUAUGACUACAUGUUCUGUAAACUCUGAGGGUGUGAAUGCCAAAAAAGAUGGAGUUUUGCGUUACCAAAGGUCCUUGACUGCUGGAUUUACGACAGCAAGUGGAAAGUCCGUUACCAUAUCUGAAUCGUCAUUGAAGGCUGCACAGAGUUUCCUGUGUGAUGCCGCCGUUGACGAUCGUCCCGGAUGUAAACUCGCAAGUGUAAAAACUUCCUUAACAACAGUCACUGGUAAAGCAGUGUCAUCUGGUUCCUUGGAUGUUACCAAGUCGCUGAUGACAGAAAAGGAGAACUGUGACGAUUUGCCACAUGAUAAGGUAACAACGGGUUUCACAACUGGGAAUGGGAAGAAGGUGGAGAUCUCCAGAGAUUCCUUGAAAACUGUAGCUGCAGUAUUGAGUGCCUCCGUCGGAAAUAUGUGGACCGACGUGGACAGAAGCAGCACUGCUGGGAGCACUGCGAGAGUCACAGAAGCGAGGGGUGAUGACGCUAUAACGACAGGGUUCAGCGCAGGAAGCGGAAAAGCCGUUACCGUGUCCCGAAAGGCUAUCAGUGCCGUCCAAGCACGUUUGAGUGAUGCUGCUGUCUGUAAUGACAGUAGAGUAAGCGGUCAAUAUGAGGCAGUGGGUCCGUUAGACGAUGUAUAUCUAAAUGGACAAGAAGAAGGGACGACUGUAAGGGUCUCCACAGGAAGAUUUGGGGAGUCUGUGUCAGUUUCUGCAAGGUCACUUAAUGGUGCGAGGGAAAUGUUGUGCGAAGACAGUCUACUAGAUCAAGAAUCAUCGACUGUGGUGAACCCACACCAGCUUGGUGCGGAAAUGACUUCAGAGGCAUCCCCGCUUGCUCAAGGUACUUGUAGCAGGAAUGCUGAAGAGCCUAUUACCCCAAAGCCAGCUCAGCCGCAGCCAUCAACGCAGCAUAUGUGGACACCACCGCUUCAAAGGAUGUUUAGUACGAAGUUGAAAACACCUACCACUGCACGGACUUUUGUCACGCCCUUCAAAGUGGUGGGAAGGACAAGUGGUCCCGCUGAAGCCACCCUAGUAAACAAUCCAGAAAAAACAUGUUGCACUCGAAAAAAUGCAAUUCAGCCUGGGAAGUUGUGGAUAUUGAGGCGCUUGCAGAAGCAGCGGAGAAUCCCCAUGCGUGUAGCGUCUGGUGGGUCUUCUCCACGCCUUUAUACCUUGGACGAGCUCGAAAGGUACGGGGUGUCGAAGCAGACUGCUCUUAUCACUUGUAGAAAUGCAGAGUGUCAUCGAUUUUACCUGGGAAGCACAGAAGAGCUUACCGUCCUUGGCGAUGGCAUUAUAUUGAACCCCUGCAAGGACCUGAAACUCGGAAAAAACGAGUUCUAUGAAGCUUUCGUUGGAAUGCCUGGCGUGGAUGCGAGUCUUAUUUGCCAAAAAUGGUUUGCAAACCACUACAAAUGGAUUGUUUGGAAGCUGGCUGCAAUGGAGCAACAUUUUCCGCAGGUGUUUGGUGGAAGAGCAUUGACACCUGAUCAGGUUAUGACACAAAUGAAGUACAGAUAUGACAUAGAGAUUGACAACAGUUCGAGGUCAGCCCUAAGGAAAAUUUUGGAGAGGGACGAUGUUCCAAGCAAGACCAUGGUUCUGUGUGUGUCGGACAUCAAGCAGGAAGACAAUGCCGUGUCUCUGGAGGUUACGGAUGGGUGGUACAGUAUACCGACUGUGAUUGACGAACCACUAUCCAAGCUAGUGGCAGACAGCCGCAUUCUUCGUGGUCAAAAACUCGUCAUUAGCUGCGCUGAGCUUAUUGGCACUUCAAGUGCAUGUGCACCGUUAGAGGUUGCUGAAGGCACAGCUUUGAAAAUAUCUUUCAACACGACAAGAAGAGCACGUUGGGAUACAAGGCUCGGGUACUUUGGCCGUCCACAACCCUUCCCUGUGCCCCUCUUGUCUCUCCAUCCUCGAGGAGGACCUGCAGGAAGAGUUGACUGUAUAGUCAUUCGGACGUAUCCGCUCAUGUACCUCGAGAAGCUCCCCAAUGGAACAUCCAUCAUGCGAAAUGAACGUGCUGAGCGUCUGGUUGCUGCUGCACACGACAGAGUCAGGGCGGAACAUAUGGAGCGAUUGAUGGCAGACGUUCUCUCACAAGUUGAAAAAUCAAAUGGUGAUGGUGCUAUGCUCCAGGGCGUGAAAACAGUUCACGUGACAUACUCCAAGAAACAGAUCCGAGGUCUCACAUCAGGUCAAGAUAUCUGGAAAGCAUUGCAGUGCUGCGCUGACACUUCUGAGAUUGAAGGUUUGCUGACUGAAGAGCAAGUAAAGUUGUUAAGAGAAUAUCAAGAGCAAUGCCUUAACCAAAAGCAAGCUGUACUGCAGGAGAAGCUACAGAGAGCUCUGGAAACUGCAGAGGAUGAAGAGCGGUGCCCUCCGAAGCGUACAGUGACCCCCGUCCUAAAAGUUCUUGUGGGAGGGCUGCACGAAAAAGACUUACAGCGGAAUGUGUGCUGUAUUGCGAGUGUGUGGAGGCCGUGCUCAGAGUUACAACAGACUUUGGUGGAGGGCAAUGCCGUAACAUUCUACAAUGUUGGAGUCUGCCCAGUAAGAAAUAUUCUCCCGGAUGUACAUUACUCUGCAGUAGAGCUAACGACUUCGAAAGCUACAAAGUACCAAGCAAUCAAAUGCCCAGAGCAUGUCAAAAUUUACUAUGAGAGACAGGUGACCAGCUUUGCACUGUUGCGGAACCAACACGAUUCUCAAAGCAGAGGAGUUGAUAUUGUUGGCUUGGUGUUUCAUAUAAAACACCAGAAAGAUGUGGAUAUCAUCUACCUCUCUGAUGCCUCAUUCAACUUCGUACAGCUCACUGUGUAUGGAGGUUGUGAUGUGUUCUUGGCAGAAGGCAAACUAAAAGAGGGUCAAAUUAUUUCAGCAACUGAUCUGAUAGUGAGACCUAAGAGGAAGGACUCCGAAGAUAUUAUUUCGCUUGCUACGACAGAGCUGUCAGAAAUUGCAUGUGCACCCAGAAGGCCGCACCUUCAGGAUGCGAUAGCUGCUUUUCAAGAUCGUGUACUGGACUUCGACCUUUUGGCAUCUUCGGCACUACAGAAGUUCCGAGAGCCACAGCCACAACAACAACAUUCAAUGAACCUAGGAACACCCAAACUGAGACCCAAUUAUUCAGCCCCCAUCUCGAGGGUUUACGCAUCAGGAAGCAGCAACCAAACUCCACCUACAGUCAGCAACGGAAAACUGUGUCGACCCAACGUGGCUACUACGGGUCUUCCGCAAACAAGGUGUUCAGAUUCAAGCCCUGGAGUCGUCGUGACAAGCAAUAAUCCACGAACUCCUUACACAGUGAAGCCUGCCACUAAAGUUCUCAGAUCUACUCCUGUGCCAGCAAGAAAUUCAACACAGUGUCCAGCGGCAAUGUACGAUGGACUAAUCCUGUCGGGUGCUUGCGAUAUUGAACCAGGAUCUCCUGCAGACGUAAAGUCAAAGCGCAUCAGGGCAAAAAUUGCUCUGCUGGAACGGUAUGGUGCGCUGGCCCCGUUGCCUGCGUUGAAUACACCAACGACGGUAGUCGUAAAGCGUCCGUACAGAACCCCAGUCUUGCAGAAUGCGAGCAGUAAUCCACUUGACAGCCCUCCCAUGGAAUUGGAUGUGGACUAGGAUUAAUGUUCACGUUUGUUGACUCUAGUCAACCAAAGGAUCGAGGACAUGCUGUGAUAAUGGACCUAGUAUGCAUGCUGUUUUACAUACCUACUUGCCUUCAGUGCCUCUGUGCCUUGAAAGAGAAUUUUUUAGACUUGUACCAGACAAGGAAUCUGCUUCCUCUAGUUUGCUAACUGUAUUUUUAUACAUACAAAUGCAAAGAAGCAAUAUAUUGUUUUACUUUAA